CACAGUGAGCGCCUGAUACUUCCCGUUACAUAGUCCCGUUACUUACACACACACACACACACACACACAGCCAGAGGAUGAGACGAAGGGAAGGACAGCAUGUUCACGACUUCUGCACGGAUUAUAACGCAUUGAGUGUUAAAACAAUGAUUUUACUCCUGAACUGGUGGAUUACAGUAAUAACUUUUACAGCUAUGCCCUGGUGUGAAGCGGUGCAGGUGAAUGUGCGGGACAAUCGCCGUUUCGCCCUGCUUUUCCAGUCGGUGGUUUUGCCGUGCCAGUACACAAGCUCGUCUACCCAUACGCCAGUGGUGCAGUGGUGGUACAAGUCGUACUGCCGUGACCGCACACGUGACGCACUCAGCUUUCCAGAGUCUCUGGGAGUCAGGGGGUCUGAACUGGGGGCCUCCUCCCAUCUGGACUGCAGCGACAACAGCCGGACGGUUCGGGUUGUGGCCUCCGGGCAGGGAUCCUCUCUCACCAUUGCUGAUUACUACAAAGACAGAGACAUCUCCAUUAUUAACAAGGCUGACCUGCGCAUUGGAGAGUUGCGAUGGGGUGACAGUGGUGUUUAUUACUGCAAGGUGGUGAUCGCGGAUGACUUGGAGGGCCCGAAUGAAGGUCAUGUGGAGCUCCUGGUUCUGGGUCAGACAGGUGUGGCUGACGAUCUCCUGCCUGAGAUAGAUCUGGAGAUUAUGCCAGAGUGGGUGUUUGUGGCAGUUGUAGUCCUGGGUGGUGUUUUGUUCUUCGUCCUGGCGGGUGUGUGCUGGUGUCAGUGUUGUCCUCACUCCUGCUGCUGCUACGUGCAAUGCUGCUGUUGCCCUAAAACGUGCUGUUGUCCUCGCCACUUGUAUGAAGCAGGAAAAGGCAUAAAGACAGCCACCAUGCCAGUACCAAUCUACCCGCCGUACUACGUACAAGGCAUGCCCGCCAUGGUGCCCAUCUCUCCUCCCUCUCUAAUUGAGCCCAAGAUGUCCACAGCACCAUCCAUCGAUAAUAAUAUCUCUUCAACUCAGCAGUCAUUAGUGCACAGUGGGUAUCGUCUCCAGCCUACGCCGGAUCAGAAUUCACUGAAGGUGCUGCAGUAUGUGGAAAGACAACUGGCACAUUUCAACCCUUCUAAGACCCUCAGCAGUCAUGAUUCUUGCAGUGUGUCAGAAGUUAGUUCCUUACAUGAAGCAGAGACAGAUUUCCACCAGGCUUAUCGGAAGGUUCAGAAGAAAGCACUUCCAGCCAUUCCUGAUAUGGACGACCGUCCAGACAUACUGAGUAGAGAAAUGUCUCCAGUGCAUGCACAAACGUCCGCUCGACAUCCUCAUCAUCGAGUGAAGGAAGAUCACCCAAGGUGGAACCCGCGUUCUGAGCACCUCCAGAGGAAGGCAUUCCAAAUGGGAGGACGCACUGGCUCCCUGGAUGAGCUUGAGGAAUUUGCCAUGAGCUAUGUGCAGCGCCGCCGCCAUGACGACUGUAGUGAUGACGAGGCCGAUUACAUGACAUGCGCAAAACAAAGGCAGUGUGAACACGAGCGAGAACGGCGGAGAGAACGGGAGCUGGAGCGUAACCAUUAUCCGCAUUACAGCUCCAAACGUUAUUAUCCUAAAGAUGUCCAAGACAGACCUCGUCCUGCAAGUCCUCCUGCUGUACCAGGAAAUCCAAAGAGACGAGGUACAGGGGACAGCAAUCUUCGUCAUGAAGCCAAUGCAUGGGAUUCGAGAAGGCAGGAAGUUGCAUGUGGGCAGGACUAUGAUGAUGCCCUCCUUAAUAGCUUAUUGGAACGCAAAGCAAAAGCUGGGAGGAGCUUGUCUUCGAAAAGUGGCCGGAACGAGGAAGAAUCAGACAGGCCCUCCAAGAAUAGCUCUCAAAAGAGCUGCCACAGUCAUUCACCUAGCAACAGAUCAGCUAGCAUCCGACCAGCAGAGGAGGACGAGUCGUUGCCUCCAUACGCAGAAAGGGAACCAGAACGUUUCCGUGGUGCCGUGAACUCCCACCAACCUUUGACCUCCACACGCUCCAGAAAAGAACAGGAAAAUAGAGAGGAACUGAAUAGGCCGCGUAAAGUGAACACACUCCUAAGCAGAGAUUCGCUCAUAGUCUGACCAGCAAAGGCAGGUCUCACACGCUCUUGCUCUCCAUCCAGCAUCUGUAGGCUUCCCACGCUGCGCACUGAUCUUCACACUUAUAAAUGCUUAUUGGAGGUCAGACAUCCUGGAAUGCUCAGAGGAUUAAAACGAGGACAAGUAUUUAUUACAGCAAUAUCCAAACUGUGCUGGAAAAGCUUGAGUUAACAAAGAAGCUUUGUUUUCUUAAAUAAAACAACUGUUACUUAUCUGGACUAUGACAGCCAAUAAGCCUUUAACUGGAAAGCCAACGGAGCUACAGUUUUAUGAAGACGAGAGAUCAAAGAUGACUUUUUGGUAGUAUUUUAUUUGACGGUACCUCCAAACUAUUAUUCUUUUUGUUCAAGUUGUUCAGUUCACGAGGAACUUCUGCAACCAUACUAAGUGGACAUAAAUAAAAAUGAACUGGUGGGACAGUAUCGGUUUAUCUGAUCAGGUAGAACACAUGCUGUCAUUACCGAAACAUGAUGGAGCAUCAUGAGUAAUGAACGCCUUACAGAGGUUGAUAGUGACAUAAGCAUAAUGGGCCUCGAUUGUGCACGGUGAACACACAAGUCUUUGUGAUGACACACAAGCAUGAUUUCACUCGACGUUACCAGGAGUCCAUGUUGCUGUGUGAGAUCAGACAGCGGAUGACGUUGUGCAUCUUUUGUGGGUCCUGAGAUUUGCUUCCCACUUUGACAUAAUGUGCCAACAAACAGUGCCACAUGUGCUAUAUAAUCUGGAAAAAUGUAUUUAUUAUUUUUUUUUUACAUAAUUUGUCAAUGUCCGUUUUAAUACAAAAGGAAUAAUUGAGAAACUUGACAAUUGUUAACAUUAAUAUUAUGCCUUUUUGCCUAUGAAGAGUUUUCUGUUUAUGCCUACAUAUGUGUACAUUAGUGCUAUACCCAGUCUUGUUCUUUAUAUUUAACACUAAAUCAUAUCAUUAACUUAAUUAACGCUUUUAGAGGAAUAUGCCAGCUCUUUUGGACCGAAUCUCUAUAAAUUGAUUGCGUCUAGAAUGUGAAUAUAGUGCAUAGACUGCAUACCACUGACAAGAACUGACACGUUUACCUGUACUGAGAAAAUAACUGAAAACCUGCUUACUUGAAACUAACGUAUUAUAGAUGUCUAAUAAAAGAUAUUGGUCAGUAAUAUUAAAAAUGUUCAUAUAUAGUAGCGCAAAAUAAAAACUACAGCUAACUAUUUCAUUCAUUCGUAAUUAGUAACUGCUUUCUCCUCAUUGCAGAGCCGUACGCAAAGCCGGAAUACACACUGAAUGAGACGACAGUCCAAUGCAGGGCAUUAUACUCACACACACACACACACACACACAUACACACGAUUCCAUCUAUGCAUCUAUUUUCCAUACUGAUUAUCCUACACAGGGUCACGGGGAGCCUGGAGUCUGGAGCCUAUCCCAGGGGACUCGGGCACCCUCGACAUGCUCUACAUUCACACACUACGGACAAUUUGGAAAUUCCAAUCAGUCUGCAACGCGUGUCUUUGUACUGGGGGAGGACACCGGAGUACCCAGAAGAAACCCCCGAAAAACGGGGAGAACAUGCAAACUCACACACAGGGCGGAGGCAUGAUGUAAACCCCCAGCCCCAGAGGUGCAAGGCAAACCUGCUAACCACAAAUAAUAAUAAUAAUUGCUUACAUUUAUAUAGCACUUUUCUAGACACUCAAAUCAAAGCGCUUUACAUAGUGUGUGUGUGUGUGGGGGGGGGUCUCCUCAACCACCACCAGUGUGUAGCAUCCACCUGGAUGAUGCGAUGGAAACCGUUGUGCACCAGAACAACCACCACACACCAGCUAUUAGUGUAGAGGAGAGAGUGUGAUGUAGCCAAUUCAGAGAUGGGGAUUAUUAUAGAUGGGGGCCAUGAUAGGUAAGGGCCAAUAAGGGAAUUUUGCCAGGACACCGGGGUUAUACCCCUACUCUUUUACGAUAAGUGUCCUGGGAUUAUUAAUGACCACAGAGAGUCGGGAUCUUGGUUAAAUGUCUCAUUCGAAAAAAAAGUGCUGUUUUUAUAGUACAGUGUCCCCAUCACUAUAAUGGCUCAUAAGGCCCCACACAGACCACAGGGUGAGCGCCCCCUGCUGGCCUCACUGAUACCACUUCAAGUAGCAACCUUAGUUUUCCUCCAGGUACUGGCCAUGGUCAACCCUGCUUAGCUUCAACAGGAAAUCAGGCGAGAACUGUAGGGAGAUAUGGCGCAAAGCCAAAUCUGGGUUACUGAUCGGAAGGUCGGGGGUUCGAGCCCCAGCACUGCCAAGCUGCCACUGUUGGGCCCUUGAGCAAGGCCCUUAACCCUCUAUGCUCCAGGGGACGCUGCAUCAUGGCUGACCCUGCACUCUGACCCCAACUUCCUAACAUGCUGGGAUAUGUGAAGAAAAGAAUUUCACUGUGCUGUAAAGUAUAUAUGACAAAUAAAGACUCAUUAUCAUUAUCUUCAGACAUGAGGGACUGAACGAGGCAAAUAUAUUACUCCCAUGUGAAUCAGCAUGGCUUUUUUGUCCCAUGAGCUUCAUAUCAAACCACCGUCUUGAGAGUAAAAAGACUGUGGGAUCCCAUAUCUUGUCAGUGGUAAUCACACAAACACUAUAUUACUAUAGAUGUGGUAGCUAGAGAUUAGGGUUAAAAUGCUGGAGUGUUCCUUUAAUGUAUUCAGCAAAAAAAAAAAAGUGUGUCAUGUUAAAUCAGUGUGUCUAAUGUAAAAACUGGUGUGAGGCGUUUAUCUGUCUGCAUGUGCGAGGACUGUUGUGCUGUCAAUGAGAGUGUGUUUCACUAACAGUGACUCAUGCACUCAGAGUCCUUGUCUCCUUGUCUAUCGUUAUCACAUAAUGAGUGUCUCUCUGACUGACGUCUCAAUCUAGCAGCAUACAAACUCUAGAGUUACUACGAAGAGACAAAUACGCAGGCGUAUACAGUAUUAACGGCUUAAAAAUGAACACAAUGCAGUCAACUGCUUUUGUAACUCUUUAAUAUCUGUGUGUCUAAUCUGUGUUAAUGUCACAAAAGGGGAAAACCUUUCUUAGCUGUUCUGUGACAUACAUGGUUUUAUAAUGUACCAGCAUAUAUUAUUAUUAUUAUUUUUUUUUUUUUUUUUUUUUUUUUUUUUUAAAUUUAUUAUUUUUUUUUAUUGAUUUUAUUUUUUUUUAGAACAGUCAAUCCCACAAUGCCAUGCUGACUUAUUUAUUUUGCUACAGAAAUGCUUUCUUCAGGUAGUACCCCAAAAUGUACUGAACAUCCUUUUCAUCCAAUAAAAAAAGACCCAAAUCCAUUAAA